AUGUCGGAAUCUGUUUUAGGCUCUUCAGCUCGUCAACGCUUAGAAUCAUUUCUUUUACUUUCCAAGUCUGCCAAGGGCAGCGCAUGUGUACAACUCAUCAAAGAUGCUUUAGGAGCUCCAGGUGUUUAUGUAUUUGCAGAACUGUUAGACAUGCCAAAUAUUGCAAAGCUUCGAAACAAUGAACAAUACCAACCCUAUCACACAUUGUUAAGGCUUUUCUCAUAUGGAACUUAUAAAGAUUACAAAGAUAAUGUUGAAACAUUACCACCAUUGGAUGAUGCACAAUUAAACAAACUUAAACAUCUGUCAAUUGUAUCUUUAUCCGAAGAAGCACAAACAAUUCCAUAUGAUACAUUAUUAAAAUACUUUGAUAUACCUAAUGUUCGAGAACUCGAGGAUUUGAUUAUCCAUGCAAUAUAUCAAGAUGUUAUUAAAGGUAAAUUAGAUCAGAAAAGAAAGCAACUUGAGGUUGAGUAUACAAUGGGAAGAGACUUACGCCCAGGGCAAAUAGAUCAUAUGUUACAAGUUUUAAAUGCCUGGUCUCACACAUCUGAAGAAAUUCUAAAAUCAAUUGAUGCAAAAAUUAUUAAAAUUCCAUGGAAUAUCAUGAUGAAAAAUUUUAAAGGUGGUAGAACAGGAAAAAAGCUUCGAAACAAUGAACAAUACCAACCCUAUCACACAUUGUUAAGGCUUUUCUCAUAUGGAACUUAUAAAGAUUACAAAGAUAAUGUUGAAACAUUACCACCAUUGGAUGAUGCACAAUUAAACAAACUUAAACAUCUGUCAAUUGUAUCUUUAUCCGAAGAAGCACAAACAAUUCCAUAUGAUACAUUAUUAAAAUACUUUGAUAUACCUAAUGUUCGAGAACUCGAGGAUUUGAUUAUCGAUGCAAUAUAUCAAGAUGUUAUUAAAGGUAAAUUAGAUCAGAAAAGAAAGCAACUUGAGGUUGAGUAUACAAUGGGAAGAGACUUACGCCCAGGGCAAAUAGAUCAUAUGUUACAAGUUUUAAAUGCCUGGUCUCACACAUCUGAAGAAAUUCUAAAAUCAAUUGAUGCAAAAAUUAUUAAAAUUCCAUGGAAUAUCAUGAUGAAAAAUUUUAAAGGUGGUAGAACAGGAAAAAAGAUGGUAGAACUUAGAUGA